AUGAAUAUCGACGAGGACCAUUUACUUCCACCUCCACCCGACUGGACGCCGGCGCCGAACUCUAACCCGGAGAUGCCACCGCAGCAGCCACCGGAAUGGUGGUCCACAUUUCAGACUCAGUACACCGCCGACAUCCGCUCGAUCCACGAUCGCUUUGACGCCCAGGACGGCAGAUGGGCUGCCCUCGAGAGCCGACAGACCACGCAGUGGACCAGCUGGGAGACACAGCAGAACACUCGAUGGGACCAGUGGGAGACCCAGCAGCAGACCCACUGGACUCAGAUGGGUACGCAGUUCGACACUUUCGCUGGCGGCCUCCAGUCCAUCCACGAGCGGCAGGACCAGCAGGACGCUCGACUGGACAGCUGGGACCAGCGUUUCACUCAGUGGGACACCCGUUGGGGUUCGGGUCCCAAUCACCCUCACCAGCCACCAUCACCUCCGGAUGCACAGUGA